GGAGGCGGGAGGCCAGGAGCAAGAUGGCGGCCUUGGCGGCGGCGGCGGCGGCGCGGAGAUUCUCAGGAGUUUUAAGAUCUUUUUGUUCUUUGGUCCCUUCGGCUUACAAUGGCUCUUGCAGUAUCAAUCCUAUUUCUCGGCUGUCUUCGGUUCACUUCAGCCAUGGGCAGAUAUCAACAAUCGCUCCCAAAACUCCUCUUCUGUCUGUUGGCAGUGGUUCUUUCGGGCAUUCAGUCUCAAUAGUGAACAGUGUAAGACCUCUGUUCCCAAGUAUCCUCCAUCAGCAAGUGAGGACUCUCAUCAAAUAUAGCUUGCGGAAAGGAAAAAGAAAAACUGUAAAAGCUGUGGUUAACAGAUUUCUCCGACUGCACUGUGGCCUUUGGUUAAGGAGACGGGCUGGUUACAAGAAAAGACUUUGGAAAAAAAGUGCUAGGCGGAAAAAGCGGUUGAGGGAACAAGUCUUCUGCAAUAAAACACAAUCUAAGCUCCUUGAUAAAAUGACCAGCUCCUUCUGGAAAAGAAGAAACUGGUAUGUCAAUGAUCCCUUCCAGAAAUACCAUGACCGUACAAAUCUUCACUUGUAAGUUGUCAAAUGCACAUCAGUUAUGAUUUUUGUAUGCCAGUACAAAAACUAAUGGUUCAUAUUGAUCGUUUUCUACACAUGUGUGUAACAAGCAAAUAUGAAGUUCCCAUUAAAUAGCUGAUGAAAAAUAA